GUUGUCGGGAGUAGCACUUCGAAUAGGGCAGGGUUUGCUCAGAAACCCAUCCGUGCGGCUGGUGCAGAAUUUCCGGCGGAUGGUUAUGAUGUAGAGAUGUAGGUGUUGUCUGCUUAAGCAAUUAUGCCGAAUACAAACUAUAGAUGGAAGAUGAUCAGGUGUUCAGAGGCAUUUUUUAGAUUAGAAACUUACUACAUGAGCUCGUGAUGCCCUUGCCCUCAUCUCCAACAAGCAACAAGUGCCACUAUCCUCUCCCCAUUCAUUCCCGUCUCGGCAAGGAUUUCCAGUAUCAAGUGGGGAGUCUAGAGGGUGGGCGAGUGAACGCAUUCUCAGCGGCCUCGGCUUUUCCUGACGUUGCUGGAAGUCUCAGUCCUAGUAGUAAGAUAUUCGGCGGAAAUUUCGCACACGGAGGCGUGUACCAAAGUCAAGAAGCACAUUCCCAACUGCAAGAAGAAAAGGUACUUGAUGCAGUUCUUCUUCAAAGAGUUUGAGUUUGUUUGAUGUAGUUCACUCCUAGUAGAGGUCAGUCGUCCCAACGAACUGGUAGUUUUUUGAAUCUUCAUGGAGCUUGAGUUUUCCUUUACUUAGAUUCUUCUUAGAUAAUAUUGUAGGUCCAGCGGCGCUCAAAGCACUAAAUAAAACAACCGGUUCGUUUUUACCUCUAGCGUGUAACCCUUCCAACAAUAUUGUAGGACUUCGUAAUCGUAGAAAACCCAAUCUUUUGGAUUAUCUACUCCAUAUUAUCGUCACAGGCAUGGGCGUUAGCGCCUGCUGGAGGCGGCAAGAGUCGGCGGGGCGUUGAGUACGAGCCGAAGCUGGGGAUAUUGGGAGAUACGGUUAUUUAAGGCGAAAGGAUUCGUGCUCAGAAAAGGUUUGCACAAGCACAUGUCGUUUUUAUAUUUAUAGACGACACCAAAACCUUUCCCUCCCUAAUUCAGUGUGUGCGUUUAUGAUUAGUCCGUCUAACUGCGAGGUAAGUGAAGUUAAAUAACCUACAAUCUAACUCAUACUCCAUAUUUAUAGACGACACCAAGAUUAAUACAGAACCGAAGAAGCAGAGGAUUCCUAGCGCCAUUGGGCCAGAACGUACUAGAGAGCACCACAAUAUGCUCUCUUUACUCUGAGGACUGCUGUGCCUCUACUCCUACGUACUGAAUACAAGAAGAAGAAGAAGAACUUCAGAACUUCUACCGAGUUACUUCGUCUCCACCAUCUAAACCCUCAUGCCUAAAGGACUGUCGAAUCCUUUUGUGAACUAUGUGGAUCCAGAAGACGAAGAUGAGCCGGCUCAUCCGGCCAAGACCCUUCGACAGCAGGAGAAAGCGUAUAAACAGCUUCUUUUGUUAUGGAAGGCCUUGUGAAUUUUUCCAUGAUUGUUUACCAUUUCCUCAUGGUUACUCGCAACUCAUCCCUCCACCGGCACCGGCGCCGCUUCCUCUUUUCGCUGGGAUCUCUCUCAUUCCUCACUCUCUCCAUAUCGUCCUCAUCCUCUCAUUACUGUUUUUUUAUAAGUUCGGAAUCCAUCGGAACUCUCUCAUCGUCAUCCUCCUACCGCUUCCUCCCCUUUCACACCUCGACGCUGCCGAAGGCAGCACACUGAUGCCAAGGACGCGGCCAGUUGUGGAAGAGCGUGUACCUUUGGACGUUAGCGACCCUGACGUGUGUGACCCACGUAGUCCAAGAUACAAUCGGUUCAUACGAAGACCAGCCACAGUGGCAAGUCAUUCGGUGAUGUUUGACGAAGCAAGGGGUCCGGUUCCUGUGAUAGACAGAGAAAGCGUUGGAGGACAUCAACAGGACGAUGUGGGACUGUUCGAUCGCACGACUAGUCCAUCACCUGGUGCAAGUCCCCAAAGAGACGGCAAUGACACCAGACCGGAUCAGCGUAGCGCGAGGGUAAAAAAGGCAGUGCCAACACCGGUGUCUGUUAAGGAAGGAACUUCUAGUAACUAAGUUGUACUGGUUGUGUCGUGUUGUAUCUGCGAAUUUCUCAAGCUUGGUUUGCUACAGCAAGAACAUAAUAGCUGCAGGUACUUGCAAGGAUCGAUACGAUUCAAUGAACAUGAAUAUCGUGGUCGACGGCCAGACCCAGUAAAAGUAGAGAAAAGUAGCUUCAUACGCGCAAUGCUAGGAAAAAAACAAAAUAGGAAGAAUUCUUCUAACUUUGACCUACGUGGUAUCAACGCUAGUAGAAGAGUUCCUCUCACCGAAGGUACUCGAAAAGCCGCAAUACGGAUGUCCCAGAGCGCAAAGAAGCCUGAACCUCCAUUGCUCUCUCCAGAGGAACCCAGUCGAACGAGAACACGACCAAAGUCGGCUUUUUUGAAAUUAUGUUAUAAGUACUUAUCUAUGUCGUGUAGGUGCGCAUUAUAGCUGGAUCUAUGUAUAUGACAUCAUAGGAGAUAGCUGGAACAAGGAACAAAUGGAUAAGACGCUGAUAAGUAUGUACUUCUGGUACUUAAGAUAUGAGUCCACCAAGCAGACGACGACUUUCUAAGUCAUCGCGCAGCUGCUUUCGAAAGUGCGACUGGGAGUGGGAAGAAAUCGACUUACUCCAGCAUAGAAGAUCCGCUGACCUUGAGCCCAGAACGACGUAAAAAACCAGCAGCAGGAUUCACAUCAAUUAUGAACUAAACCAGGGUGACACUUUGAUCCUGACAAACUGCAGUCUGCAAACCAUGUGGUCCGUGUCACAUAGCUCUAAUCCCAUGCUACACACGAAUACUACACGCGUGACAGACCUCGGACCGCGGUUUCGCAAGGCGUAUCCUCGAGAUUGGUCUCAUAAAUGGAGUAAAAGCAAGGAGGGCAGGACACUGCUCAAACCACCCAAGUUAUGGUUAUUCUUGACAUAGAUGAGGAAUGAGCAUUACUAGAGGUAGUCUCCGUGUGUAGAAAUCGCUUGUAAAUACGGACACAUAUUAUAUCCAAAUACAACUUACAAAGUCGGACCAAGCACCCUGAUUCUUUCUUUUUAUCUUGAUUGUUUAUUCUUGACUUGAUCAUCUAGCACAGAAUGGAGUAGCGGCUGCGUCUGCAGUAAACAACUCAAUAUUUUUGUCUAUGUGUCAAUCAUCCGCUGCUUGAUCUUAUGCCUCUAACUCUCGACGUAGACGGGGUUGACCUCUAUGGUCAUGUGGUCACGGGAUUCGAUGAUAGGAAUUUGAAGCUUGACUGGAGCAUCGGCAACAAACUCUACCUGGAUCAAUUAGCUGCCUUGGAAGCCGCACAAGCUGAGAAGACGGAGAAGCACCGACUCCUGAGACUUCAUGCGAGUUAAGGCUUUAUUUGUCUGAGUAGAAGUAAUUGUUUGAUCUUGUUCUAACCCAACUAGCAACGACCACUUCUUGUGUAUUUGACCGACCCUUCUUCAUGCACAGUUGAACAUCAAACUAUAAAGAGGAACAGAGCUUGUGUCUAAGCUGCAUCAUAAAGCAUACAAUACAGUAGUGACCUUUUGCUCUAAACUCCACAGCGUAUGCAGAAGGGUCUAGUUGUCGCGCAAGACUACGACAACGUGGUAAAAAUGGUUCGUGAUAGCGUGCACAUGGACCAACAGGCGGUGGCUGAGACCACAGAAACCGAGAGUGAUCGUAUUCGAGCAAUGAACAAUGGAGUACCGUUUGCUGAUAUCAAAAUACGGACGAGUGGACCGCGAUACUCUCAACCUUCCAGGAUAGACCAGAAGCUAUUCGGAGAUUCCGAAAGAAAAGACUUCAUGAUAUGGCAUUAAUAUAGGCAUAUGGUUUUUGAUUUUUCUUGAGUGAAAUAAUGCGUUCUAGCAAAUGCAAUCUUUGGCUAGUGGAGGAAGAAGACCAAGUAGACAUUGAUCUUCACCAAAAGAGUCUGCUUGACCAUAUUGAUCAUAUCCGUCGUUCAUGUUCAAGUAGAAGUCUAGUACGACUAGUCUCGUCAAAUUUUCUAAUCCCCUUCCGCCCAGACGGCACGCGACGUCUCUCUAUGGAUUCUAGUAGUGAAGAGGAGGAAAUGGAGAGGGUCCGGGUAAGAACUGCCAUGCAAAGACGACGUCAGCAGGAGUUGGAAGAAGAUUAAGGCAAAAAUGUCAACUCUUUUUUCAUGAAUUAAUGAGAAAGAGAAUGAGAAGUAUCAACACGUUAAAUCACUACAUUCCUAGGGUCGUCAAUGUCGAUAACCAACAUGACUUAUCCUCGUCUAACAUAAAAGCGUUGUCGCCGAUCCGUUUGCUGAGCCCCCGCCAGAAGGACCCCAAGAAGAACCUCGACCAUUCCGCAAAGGCAGUGGGAAGAAGGGAGCGCACUACGGAACGAGGGAAGUGCACAACAUGGUCAAGGAUCUUGUUAUUAUGGCUUCUAUUUUUUCUCUAGCAUUAGCAACGAGGAGAUAAAUACAACUUGGACUUGCAUCAACGGCACUUGAGUCAACGGCACUUGCAUCAACACACAACUACAUGACCCAGAAUGCUGAUGACCCAGAAUGCUGAUUCAACAUUUAGAUAAGUAAACAAUAACAAGAAGAAGGACAUCUUCAACAAUCCUUUGUUUCUAAUGCCCUCAGACCUCCAGCUGCGGUCCGAACGCCAGGAUCCAAGUCUAGAGCGGUAAGAGAAGAAGCUGGAAUCAAACUGAGGGACCAGAAGAUGCUACAGUCACGCCAACUCAACGAUGGCUGGCGAGGCGCAAGAUUAAGGCUUGGAAGUUGACCUCUGUCUCACCUAUGAGCAUAUUAGAUCUAAUCUAUGGCCUUCGUUUCAACAAGGAGGAAAUAAGUCAUUUAGCUAUGCGAGGUAGAUCGGACAACUUGCAACCCCUAACAAGAAGUGGAACGGAGACGACACAAUUUUCGAAUCUUCAGGGUGUAACCGACGUUGAUCCUGAGGACGAUGAUCGGGGUAACACGGACGUCCACGAGCACACGAGAGAGGUGAUGCGGCAGUUGAAGACAGAAAACACAAUGUUGGGCAUAUCGGAUCAUAAGUUUAUGGCAGAGAACUUUUUACUUGGACUUCACUUACAACUACACUUACUACUUAAUCGUCAAUCAAUCCUAGGGAUUACAUUGUACAACUUUACACAGGCUCUUGUUGUUGUAGGUUGACUCUUUACUACUUUAAGUCUUAUUGUCCAGCACUUUAUUACAGCACCAAAGUAGUUCACUUGCUCAUACCAUUUACGUGUUGUCUGUACAGUCGAGUGCUUCGAUCAAGAGCUUCAUUCUCUAACCCCCACGGUGCCACCAUCGUCCCACCAGGCGCAAAGGCGAAAGAGGAAUUUUUCUGUCUCAUGCCUGGAUCAAAGGGAAGGCGGGUUUUACGUCACCAAAAGCCCUUCGAGGAGUAUGCAGAUGAAGCGGAAGAAGCAGUCGGGGAUCAGGUACACGCAGAUCUAAACAAAUUUGAUCAGUUGCAUAGUGGCAGAUCAUAGGGGCAGUUUUUGGGGAUCUGAAACAUAAGUAGAGGAACUCAAAUUUCGCACUCUCAACAGAAUCGUACGUAAAGAUUGUAAAGUAGAAGAUGAAGGCAAAGCCAAUAUUACAGAUUAAGGAAGCAGGCACAGUUGAUAAUAAUGUUUCUUGAAUUCUAAGGCCAAUGAAGUUACUAGGUAGCAGGUUGGCAACAAUCAUAAUCAUUUACAACGAAGGAUAGCGGACAAGUUUAGGUUCGUAGUUCGAUUUUCACAAUGCUUAAACAGUCUACUUAUGGGUUUUUCUAGUUUUUUUUGACACACUCUCUCUCUCGGGAUAGCUCAGUGAAUGAAACGGUGGCAUACAAGAGAAUAAAGUGUACAGGUUGUAAGAAAUUUGUAGAAUUGUCGAUACCUAAACCAACGUUAUUAACCGCUGGGAACGCAUUAAAGGUUGGACUUGGUGUUGAUAGAGGAUCACUGUUGAAGCAUGAAGAGGUUGUUCGACGAACGCCUUACAUUUGAUGAAUUUCAAAACAAUCAGAGGAAGACGAAAGAUGAUUUGAAAAACGAUCGAAAGCAAGCGUGUGAAAGAAUCAUCAAU